AUGAGCGCCUUCUCCUCUUUCUGCGUUCCCGAGGUAGAGGGCUGCGGCCCCGUGCGCAGCGGGCGAGGAAUUUCGAAGCAUUUGGUGGCUAUAGAGUCUGUGGGGUGCCUGCAGCUCAGCAGCAGCAGCAGCAGCAGCAGCGGCGAGCCCGCGUGUCUGCAGCACAUCGUCGGCAGCAACUUAUCAACUGAUGUCUGCUGUAUCGACAGCAGCAGCACUUUGAGUUUGCUCGACGCGCAGCAGCUGAGGUGUACGUACACCCUAGCCAAGGCCCACGCAGCACCAGUUACUUGCUGCUGCUUCCUGCACAGCAGCAGCAGCGUGCUGCUGACAUCUUCUCAAGACGGGGCAGUGAAGUUGUGGGACUUGCGGCAGCAGCACAGGCCGCCCCCUGCUGCUGCUGCUGCUGCUGCUGCUGCUGAGGCCACUGUGCAAAUUGCCCCGCCCGGCAGCCGCGCAGCAGACUUGUGGGCCCUCGCAGUUAGAGGAGAUGAUUUAGUUUUUGCUGCUGCUUUUAAAAACACAAUUAAGGGUUUUGACCUGCGGGCUGUGUGCUCCAGCCCGACCUCCGACUCGCCAAGCCAGCAGCAGCAGCAGCAGCAGCAGCAGAGGCCGAAGCUGAAGCAGCGGCGCAGCAAAAAGCUCCUCUGGGAGCUGCUGCUGCACGGCGACACUGUGACGGCGCUGCAGUUCCACCCAGUGCAGCAGCAGCUGCUGCUUUCAGGGGGCGAGGACUCUCUGGUGUGCGUGGCGGACACUGCAGCAGCCAGCAGCAGCAGCAGCAGCAGCAGCAGCAGCGAGGAGGGGGGGGGCCUCGUCUCCUGCUUCUCGCAAGAAAGAGCUGUCAAAAGCCUUUCUUUGGUGGGCCCCGGGGCCUCCUGUGUCUGUAUUUGCAGCGCAAUGGAAGAUGUGGGUUUGUGGCAGCUGGAGGGGCUGCAGCACUACGCUGCAGCAGCAGCAGCAGCAGGAGCAGCAGCAGACGCUGCAGUGGCUGCACACCGCAAAGCCGAGUGGCUCUCCAUUCGCAGCCACCCACAAAUCCGAGAAGGAGAAAGCAGCGGAUAUAUAAUCAACACCUUUUAUGACGAAGACCUCGGCCGCCUCUUCAUACUCGCGGGGUCUGUCUCUGGGCAGCUGCUGCUGCUGCAUGCCAAUCUGGACGGGGUGGAGCCCGCGGCGGUUUUCCGCAGCCAAAAUGGGCAGGGCCACUGUGGGGUUAUUCGGGGAGCUGUCAGUACAGCUGGGAAGGGAACUCACGGAUUUGGACUUCUCACUUGCGGCGAAGACGGGAGAGUUUGCGCCUGGCGACAACGCGGCUACGAGAGCCAGACCAGCAGCAGCAGCAGCAGCCGCAGCCGGCACGCUGUGCAGCCCUAUUGA